CUUGUAAAUCUAUGAUCUAUCUAAUCACCAUUUUACCAUUCUUCGAUCGACUCUACCUUGUUAGGGUUUACAGACAGAUUCCACCGUUUUCUUAAUCAUCGCCAGAUUUGCUUCUCCAAUCAGCAGAUUCUAAAUCGGACGUUUCUACUUAACGGAUCUGUACAAUCCCGACUCACGGCACAUCCUAGAUCUCCGUCCAGAACUAGAGAGGGGAAUGGGUUUUUGGACACUACUAGAAGGUUGCCUCCUUUUGGCAAAUGCAAUGGCGAUACUGAAUGAAGAGCGGUUCUUGGGACCGAGAGGAUGGAGCUUCCAAGAAUUUUCAGGGGUGAGAAGAAAUUCGCUCAAGGGGCAGUUUAUUGGUCUCAUUUAUGCAACUCAGUAUAUGAGACUUCCUCUUAUAGUAGCCAAUAUCAUAGUCAUUGUUUUUAUGCUCAUUUCUGGUUGACAUUUUUGCUGCUGCUUUUUCUGUAUCCAAAAUAAAUUGUUCUUGCCUAAAAAUCAAAUUCAUCUUGUAUGUUUCUUACCUCCCCUCCCAGCCCAGGAGUCUCAUCACCCUUUUUUUCUUUCUUUUUCAAAAACCUGGAAUUUAUUACAUGCAUUAUGCAUGGUCAGAACUUGUAUACAAAUACUUGGGCAGUUUAAUUAGCUAUUUAAAAUCUCUUUUUUGUUUUUUU